AUUUGCCAGUAGACCAUUUCAAUAUGUUGGAAAGUGAAAAUAUAGAGUUAGUUGAUAAAAAAGAUGUAAUAAAUGAAAAAAUUAUUGAAAAUAAUGAUGAAGCGAAGUUCAUAGCACGUAAAGAACGUAAAAUCUCAGAACUCCGCGAAGAAUUGAAACGUCAUGAAGAAGAAUUACUAUUAUUAAAAAAACAAUGGCAAACAGUUGUCUCCAAGGACAUAGAUUCUGAAAAUACUUCAUCCUCAGUAUUUUCGUUUCAGUCGAACACUUCUAAUAAUGAAGUUUCCGCGUUCAUGAAUGGAUUAGGGAAAGGGAUUCAUAGUGUUAUUGGUGGUAUACAUAAUUUGAAGGAAAGCGAAACCAUUAAAACUGCUCGCAAGAGUUCCUAUAAAUCAGUUCCAACAACUGAAACAUCGGCAAUCCCAAAUAUCAAUACUGCAAUAUCACCUACAACAUCUCCACCUACAACGUCUCCGACUUCGUCGAUAUCACAAGAUCUUAUUUGGUCAGCUUUAAACUCCGAGUCUAAUAGUGAACAUAAACCACCAACUGAUAAAGAUGACUUUAUCAAUGAAAAAAAUCUUGAUAAUGAGAAUAUUGAUGGUGUACUAGCGGGUUCACCAAAAGAUGAAUUUGAAGAACAAUUGGUUUACGUUAUCGGUGAUGACUUGGGUGAUUUUGUAUAA